AUAAUACACUCGAUCUUGAGCAGCGUCCUGUAAACAUCCCCCCCUAGUGUCGCUUCGCAGUACUUUAGAUGACAGACGGCAGGGGAAGCGAAGGGAUCCAUCUUGCCAGACAGGAGGCGAGGUAGCCCGCCUUUGAGUUGUACCUCCAAACAGCUUCGUAUUCCUCAUUCUCAUCCUGGAGAGCCGAGGGGCGCCGUGUCUCCGGCUGUAGGAUGUCCCGACAUGAGGGUGUGAGCUGCGAUGCAUGUUUGAAAGGGAACUUCCGGGGGAGACGCUUCAAGUGUCUGAUCUGCUACGACUACGACCUGUGUGCUUCAUGCUACGAGGGCGGUGCUACGACCACCAGGCACACCGCAGAGCACCCCAUGCAGUGCAUACUCACCAGGGUAGACUACGACCUGUAUUACGGAGGGGACAACUUCUCUGUGGAGCAGCCCCAGUCCUUCACCUGUCCCUACUGCGGGAGGAUGGGCUACACCGAGACCUCCCUGCAGGAGCACGUCUCCUCUGAGCACGCAGAAACCUCCACCGAAGUGAUCUGCCCCAUAUGUGCAGCGUUGCCAGGAGGGGACCCCAACCAUGUGACCGAUGACUUCACCGCCCAUCUCACUCUGGAGCACAGGGCGCCCAGAGAUGUGGACGAGUCCAGUAGCGUGCGGCACGUGCGGCGGAUGUUCCACCCGGGCCGCGGGCUGGGCGGGCCCCGGGCGCGGCGCACCAACAUGCACUUUACCAGCGGCUCCACGGGGGGCCUGUCCUCCUCCACCUCCUCGCAGAGCUCCACCUACACCCCCAGCAACCGGGAGGCCAUGGACCCCAUCGCAGAGCUGCUGUCCCAGCUGUCGGGCGUGCGGCGUGCGGCCGGCGGGCAGAUCAACGCGGCGGGGCCCUCAGCCUCCCAGCUGCAGCAGCUCCAGAUGCAGCUGCAGCUGGAGCGGCAGCAGGCGCAGGCUGCGCGGCAGCAGCUGGAGGCGGGCGGGCCGCGCCACGCCGCGCGCCGCGGCACCACAACAAACCACCACGGCGGCGGCGGCGGCGGGCACCACCACAACCCGGGCAGCAUCGGCUCGGCCGCCGCCACCGCCCUGCCCAACCCGCCGCACCCGGCCGCCGCCUCCGCCGCCAUCCUCACCCACGACCACGCCCCCGGGGAGAGCAACCACAACGCAAACUGCCACGGCGCCUCCCAGUUCUUGUUAGCACGGUUAUGCGAGCCCAAGCAGUGCGAGGCGGAGCGGCAGCGGGCGGAGGCGGAGCGCGCCGACCACAGCCUCUUCGUCCAGGAGCUGCUGCUGUCCACGCUGAUGCACGACGGCUCCUCCUCCUCCUCUUCCUCCUCCUCGGGGGGGGAGGAGGAGGAGGGGGGCCGCAGAGACUUUGCCGGCUUCGGCGCCAUGGGCUGCGUGGACGUCAUGCCGCUGGACGUGGCGCUGGAGCGCCUGGAGCUGCGGGAGCGCGGCCUGCGCGCCGCCUCCGUGGGGGCGGAGCCUCCGCCGCGGCCUCUUUGAUGUCGCCCGCGCGGCGGCGGGCAGACUGUGUCCUCUGUGCUGCCACUGCCAGUGACGGGAGGAGGAGUUCGAGGAGCGAGUGGCAGAUUGUUUGAGUUUUAGUUCCUAUGUUUUGGUUGUUGUUGUUUUCCGGUUGGGUUUGUGUUUGGUUCUGUGUUGUUUUUCUUUCUUGGAUGGUUUUUCUGUAUUUAUUUUUUUUUCUCCAGGAGGGGGCGUUCUUUUUUGACGGUGAGAACGAGAAACGGCAGUUUUGGAGUGUGGAAAGAACUGUCGGGGCGUUAUGGGGGGAGGGAGAAUUGGGCCAAUGUACGAAUCGAAUGGAAACACGAUAAUCAAUCCCCACAGGGCUUUUAUUUUGGAGGCCGGGUGACUUGUCAGACCUGCGCUUCCUGUGACAAUGCAAAACAGGAAUGCUCGCGCAUCCCCCGGCGCGAGGGGGGAACGGUUCCCUGGGCGGAAGCUGCUCUAUGUAUUUAUCACUCCUAAUUAAUAAGUGCUCGGAGGGUCUACCUUUUCACCGCAUGCAGUUAUUCACAGCUUACAGGUGACAUUAGAUGUCAUCGAAAUGGAAAAACUACCGGAAGCUUUCAACUGUUUUUCUUUUUUUUUCUGUUUUUAUUCAUGGCUAUGGAUAAGACGCUGUUACUAAACGCGCAAGCUGAAAAGUGCACUCGUGGAGAAACAUGUGUGGGGUGUUAUUUUUGUGUCAUCCACGACGAAACACAACAAUGUGGAUCAUCCGCGGUGACUGUCUCCGGUCUCUGUGUGUGUGCGACGCUUCUCUGUGGUGACUCUUUUCGUGUUGACGGUUCAAAGACAAACAGUGGGAUAUGUCCGCGUACGGUUUGUAACGUCGCUAUAAAGCAAGCGCACAAUCUUCUGUAAGUUUGCGCCGAUGCACUCUUCCACGACGGCACGGUGCGCACACACCCCCUACCCCUCACAACUUCCCCAUCCACAUAUUAAGGAUAUUUUUUUGUUUUUUUCAAUAGAUUUUUUUUAUUAACUUGUAGAAUGGAGAGGUUUGACUCCCACUUGCUAAGGAUGGCACUUUCUAUUUAUUCAGUUUGUCGUCUCAAUCUGUUGAAGCCUUGGCCGAGCCACGCCACCUCCAUGCCUAUACGAUUACCCUAAAAAGAAAAAAAAAUGAAGUACACUAAGUUGUAUAAUACAUCUGUGCAUUAACUUUCAUAACAGUUCUAAGAUGGGGGAGGGAGGGGAGGGGACUUUUCUAACUUGUAAAUUUAGAAUAAAAUAAAAAAACAAAGCCUUUGAGGAAAACAUAAACCCGUUAUGUUUUUUCCGUUAUUUAUUUUACUGGUUUGUGUUGGGUUUAGCUGAUAGACAUUAAACCGUACCAAAUAUGAAUUAUCGA